UGACAUCCUCCCCAACCCCAUCAGCAUGCUCUCUGACCGGGAAGGGACCUUGGUCUCCACGAGUUCCCUAAGACAGAUUGCCUCGUCCUUCUCGCUCUAUCAUGCCUAACUAACGUCGUUCACGCCAUAAGCUGAUUCACUGAGUUCAUGUAAAACGUCAAAUGUCAAAUGUGUCGCCCACCAGCCACCAGAGCUACGACGAUUCACAACACCAGCCAUUUAGCAUGCUGCAAGCACAGCCUUCGUUCACAUGCCAUCGCUGCCCUCUUACCCUGCGCUGGCCCCCCAAGACGCAAUUUCGAGUUCGACGUCGUAUGCAGCCUCUGAAUCCUACUACAGCAACGAAGACAUUCGGAUCUUGCACGAUGUCGUGGAUAGAGCGCAGGAGAUCCUCUUCGAGCUUCCAGAGGGAGAGCGCCUGGCCACAAAUGCGCUCUUCAGAGCCUAUGACGAAGUGUUGCCUUUACAUGGCGUCGACCCCGAACAGGACCAACACAUCUCCCGACUCGUUUUCCGCAUCGGCGGCGAGCGAGGCGAUGGAUCUCUUUUUGAGAAGUUCAAGUCUGUUUUAUCAAGGAUGGGAAUUGAGGUAGAAAUUGACUUCGACUCCGAUAAUCCAACCUCGUCCCCGGGAGCGCACUCGGACAAAUCCACCACGACUUCUGUCUUUCUUCAUACCCAUUCCGUGCAAAACCAGCUGGCCGAAACGGGACGCCUGUCAGCUUCGCCCUUGCUCUUCCGAGCAACCGCUCCGCCUCGUUCAUCUGGUCUCUUACAGACGAAGGAAAGCCCAGUGCUCGAUCCAAGAUCGGGCGACGGCACAAAAGCCAGCAAUAUCGCGGAACCAAGCAUAGGGCUUCGGAACUUGGACAUUAACCAUGUGCCUGGCCGCAUCACGAGUCUUCAUGCCUCUCAAGCCAUCGAAGCGUCGACUGCGAUGCAGCAUUCGCUUCAUAAUCCGCGAGACAACUUUCCAGAUGUGGUUGAGCAAUCUGAGGUCGCCGACUCUUUCGGGAACACUGAGGGGGCGGAUGUCCAUCGCGAUCCGGGAUUAGACGAUAUUCCCCGGAGUGAGGCUCAAGAAAUGUUGGUCGAUCCACAUGACACAAUGGACUCCCAACGACUGGGCCGGCGAGCAUCGAGAGCCUGGAACCUGUUUCAGCUCACCAAAGCCAUUUCCCACUGGGCCAUAUGCACGGAAGAAAAGAUGGAGCGAACUGCAGUAGCCAGGCGGCACAUAUUGCGUAUCCGCCACUUUGGGCCUUGGGCUCAAUUGACCGCUGAGGCGAAGCUCUCUAGCCGACGUAUCUCGGUGUCGCGGAUCGAGAAUGCGUGGGCGAGUCUUGCUCGCAAUACAUGCAGACAAGAGCAGGAUGCGCUGAAGCUAGCUGCCCGGAAUUUGUUUAGGCGUGUUGCACGGGAGUGGACAGUCGCUUCCUCUUCUGAUGCUACGUUUUCUCCCCUCUCGAGCUUAAGGGUGCUCAAAAUGCACCAGUGGCAAGCCUGCUUGUCUGAGACCGAGGUCUUGGACUAUCGCGCGAGGCGAACGUGGGAGAUUUUCUUAUUCUCCAAGGUAACCUUGUCGUGGAGGCGCAGUGUUGCAGUGCAAUCGCGAGACGCCGCAUUCUUCGCCAGAAACUUACUCUUCUGGAGAUCCCUGAAUCUCUGGGACCUUGCCGUGCGAUCUCAGCGCUUUCUGCAUUUAUUGCAGCGCAGGGAGGUGCACGCUUGGCUUGGAGAAUGGCAUCAGUUGCUACACCCGCCCGGGACUCGUCCACAAGAGCCUCAACACGAACAACACAGGCUCCCCUUGCGACCAUUGUUGCCAGAUGAUUCAACCAUAGUCACUUCAUGUUUUGACCAGAACAUGACUGCCAUGGUUCUACGACGCUGGCAACAGAAAGCCCGUUCCUUACAGGCCAGUGGCGAGUAUUACAGAGACAUCCGAGCUCAAAAUGUCAUGGCUAAAACGCUGUCGACAUGGAGUUCUGAAAUUGAACGUGAAGACGAGGUAUCCAGGUGGGCUAUCCGUGCUGAGCGGUUUUUUGGAUUGACCAAAACUCUACAACACUGGCAGUGGUCGCUGCCGCGAUGGGACUCAGUUACUCGGAGAGCUUAUGUUAAGUGUCGUUGGAGGCAAAAAGCGUUGAUUACAAGGCGACAGUUGUUUUUUUGGAGAACUUCGACACGGGAUUUGGACAGUAUUGCUCAAUCGACACGUCGCCUUGAGGUUGGACGGGACACCCGCCGAGCGACAAAGACCCUUGACGCUUGGAAGGAGGUAUGCCAAGAGUUGGUGUCAAAGGAAUGGCCUUUGCAUCUUUACGCCAUUUGGCUAGAUGAGUGGAUUGUCGCUUUAGAGGGAUCUGGCCUGAUGGAGCAAGAAUCCCGCAUGGCCUGGAACCGAUUCUUGACAUCAAGGGUUUGGAGCAAGUGGCAUUCUAUGUCUGUGCAACUCCACUCUCACCAUUAUAUUGUUGAGGAGGUCGCAGGCAAGAAUGCCAGAAAAUCUACGCAUCGGGUUUUGCAGCACUGGAAGAAUGGCGGCUCCUCAUUCCCAGGCGACUCUCGUCUUUCGACAUUGGUGGGCUCCUCCAUAGGGCCCUCUCGCGCCAGUCGCAAUUACGACACAUCACUCUGGUCAAGGUCGCGGUCCGGCCAGACGGCAGCGUCGUCUCUAUUAGGAGUAUCAAGGCGAACAUUGGUCAAGGAAUCAGACGAGGACCAGGACACUGACGCGGCCAUAUCGGAAGGCGACGAAAUGGGCGGUCUCAUUGAUACCCCUUCUCGCUGGACGGGGCUUGGCUCGUCCCUGGCGAAGCUGCCUUCAACGACCCCUUUGGCGCCGCUUUCGACUCCUUUUGAGCGAGAGCUGCGAAACCGCUACAACCCCAAUGCACGCCGGUCACUCGGGGUGCAUCCAGGGCGGUUUUCGGUCAGAGCCACCCCACGAUUGUCCGCCACUGAGGCUCGUCGCAUUGCUGAGGAACGGAGGCGCGGAAGCCGAAUUGGUGGCAUUGCGACAACUCCUUGAUAAGAGGUAAUUAUCUAGGUAAUUGAAAGGGUGAUCGGUUGUCCUGGAUAUUGGCAGGGGUCUUAACAGUUGGAGAUAUGGUCCCAUGUUUGCACGUCGCGUAUACCCAUAGCGCUGUUGAUAGGCUCUGUACCGCACAGGAAGUCUCGUGGUUAUGCAUUGUGCUCAUGCCGGCGUUAGAGGAGAAUUGAUCUUUUUGGGCCUACUUGAGAUCAAAUACACUUGGGGAGCUCGGGACUCGAUCUCGAUCUUGUGUCGUGAUCAUCAUCCAGCUGCUGCUCCGUCUCCUAAUAUUAUACCAGCAAAGCUCAGGCCACUGCUUAAUCAAAUGCGUGCCCAAUGGAACUGACACGACA